AUGGUCAAGAAAGCAGGAGUAUUGGGAGCAACUGGUUCCGUUGGUCAAAGGUUUAUACUCUUGUUGUCACAACAUCCCGAUUUUGAAAUACAUGCUUUAGGAGCAUCAUCAAGAUCAGCUGGAAAAGCAUACAAGGAUGCAGUAAACUGGAAACAAACAGAUGUAUUACCGGCUUCAGUACAAGGUGUGGUUGUACAAGAGUGUAAGCCAGAAGGAAGCUUCAAAGAAUGUGACAUUGUCUUUUCAGGUUUGGAUGCUGAUGUAGCUGGCGAAGUUGAAAAAGCAUUUGUAGACGCUGGAUUAGCAGUUAUUUCAAAUGCCAAAAACUAUAGAAGACAUAAAGAAGUCCCCUUGGUUGUUCCAAUUGUUAAUCCCGAACAUAUUGAUAUUGUUGAAUCAAAAGUGAAGAAGGCUAAAGCCGAAGGUAAGGAGAAAACAGGGUUCAUUAUUUGUAUUUCAAAUUGUUCUACUGCUGGUUUAGUUGCACCUUUAAAGCCCUUGGUUGAAAAGUUUGGUCCAAUUGAUGCAUUGACCACAACAACAUUACAGGCCAUUUCAGGAGCUGGGUUUUCGCCAGGGGUUUCAGGUAUGGACAUUUUGGACAAUAUUGUGCCAUUCAUUAGUGGAGAAGAAGAAAAAUUGGAAUGGGAGACAAAGAAAAUACUCGGUACUUUAAAUGAAGAUGGCACAGAAGUGGUAAAUAUCCCAGAAGAGAAGAUGAAGGUAAGUGCACAGUGUAAUCGUGUGCCAGUGAUUGAUGGACAUACCGAGUGUAUUUCAUUUAGGUUUGCCAAUAGACCACCACCAUCAACUGAAGACGUGAAGAGAACAUUGAGCGACUAUGUUUGUGAGGCUUCUAAAUUACAUUGUCAUUCUGCUCCAAAACAAACUAUACACGUACUAGAAGAACAGGAUAGACCACAGCCUAGAUUGGAUAGAGAAAGAGAUAAUGGAUUCGGUGUUUCUGUUGGAAGAAUUAGACAAGAUUCCUUAUUGGAUUUUAAAAUGGUUGUUUUAUCACACAACACAAUCAUUGGAGCAGCGGGUUCUGGUAUUUUGAUUGCCGAAAUAUUAAGUGCAAAGGGAUUAAUCUAA